GGUCUUCCUGGGUUAACCCAGAGUACGUUCCGGAUAGGGUUGGGCCAGGCCCCUCCCCUGCUCCCAGGUGCUGACCCCCAGCCCCACCUGGCGGGCAGCUGACUUCAUAAAAGUUCGCCCGAGGAGGAGCGGGAGGAGGCCGGCAGGAGGAUGAGCGCUGAGCAUGGGCAGCCGCAGCCGUCUGGGGGCCGGAGGGGCCGGAGUUCCGGGGACAAGAAGUCCAAAAAGCGUAGCCGGCGCAAAGAAACCUACUCAACGUACAUCUACAAGGUGCUGAAGCAGGUGCACCCUGACAUCGGCAUCUCUUCCAAGGCCAUGAGCAUCAUGAACUCGUUCGUGAACGAUGUGUUUGAGCGGCUGGCUGGCGAGGCUGCCCGGCUGGCCCAGUACUCGGGCCGAACCACACUGACGUCCCGGGAAGUCCAGACGGCCGUGCGCCUGCUGCUGCCAGGGGAGCUGGCCAAGCACGCUGUGUCCGAGGGCACCAAGGCCGUCACCAAGUACACCAGCUCCAAGUGA